GCAGGAGCCGCCCAGUCAAUACUCACUCCGCCUGCUCCCCGGGUGCCCACUUUCCCAGGGGGCCAGGGAUGGUGACACCACUAUGACUCAGUGAUGAGCCUCAGAUACAGGCCGGCCUCAUAAAGCACCCAGAGGCCUCCGGCGGGACAUUUCCUUAGCCACAGCAGCCCGGGAGGAAGGUGGGCCACGUCCGGCACCAUGGCGGAACUGGAGAUGGCCAUAGGCAUGAUCAUCGAUGUCUUCGCCCGGUACGCAGGCGGCGAGGGCAGCGCGCAGACCCUGACCAAGGGGGAGCUGAGGGCGCUGAUGGAGAAGGAGCUCCCUGGCUUCCUGGAGACCGGGAAGGACAAGGAUGCCGUGGACAAAAUGCUCAAGGACUUGGAUGCCAACGGAGAUGCCGAGGUGGACUUCAGUGAGUUCAUGAUGUUUGUAGCUGCGCUCACAUGUGCCUGUCACAGGUUCUUCCAGGCAGGAUGCGAAUGAUACCCCAGAGAUCCAGAUUCCUGCCAGAGGCGCGGCAGGGCCUGGAGGUGGGCCCCUGGCUUCCAGAAAGUCCUUGUUGGCGAUUACUUCCCUGGGCUGAGCCCGCUGAUGUCCCUGUGAUUAAUAAAUACUUGUGAAAUGA